GUAUCGUAAUCACGUUCGCAGUCACGUUGACCAGUCGAGCGUCAAUUACUUUUGCAAGCUCAGGUUGCAAUCGCGCUGCUCAGCAUUAGUUCUGAACCGUUUUCCGUCCCCCGCCAUGGCGAUCGACCUGCGGAUGACCGGUUUUCAGGACAGCCUGGAGAAAGCCAUGGACCGGGUGCGCGUGGUGCUCGACGCGGCAAAGUGCCCCUGCUUCGCCUCGGAUGUACACCACCAGUACUCCGACAAGUACCUCCUCGCCGAGUUCAUGACGCGCGCUGCGAUGGCCUCCCAGGUGAAUUGCCUGUCAACGCUGGGCCUCGAUGCCGAGAAGCUCUCGCGGCUUCGUGCCUGGGCGGCAUUGCAGGCCGUUUCCCUGGAGUUCACCGCCGAAGAGCGCUGCGGUUUUGCCCGGGAGGAAACCCGAGAGGUGGCGAGUGCGACGAAGGUUGUGGAUGAGGUGUCCGUCAUGGGCUCGGUCCGAAGCGCGCUGACCAGCAAGGUUGUCACCACAGUCACGGAGUACUUCUGGACCGUUUCGGUCUCCUACAGCUUGGUAGCCGUGCGAGGCGCGGGGGCUGCGGCCGACGACCGGUUGGAACUCUUUGCCCGAGCGGGCAGCGAGGAGUUGAAGACGACAUCGAAGUCGGCUCCUCGUCCAGAGAUGUUGUCGCAUCCCAAGCUCAGCGUUAAUGUCAGCUGGCUGGUGCUGCACCUCUCAGACUCUGCCACGCCCUGCUUCAGCAUCGACCGCGUGCAUGGUAAGUGCCACACGCCGCGUCGCAACAACGACGUCGGGGAUGCCCUGGAGCAUUUCUCGCGCGUGGCGGCGUGGGCGCGCAACGUUGCGGCGUACCUGCAGCGCCUCUUUGACAUCCCGCUGGACAAGGCUUCUUGGGACAAGGGCGCCAUCGGCCGCGACCAGCCACUGAUACCUGUGCUCCCCCUGCUGCAGGAACGACACGGGGGCGAGGAUGGCAGCGUGGCAGCCGACGACCGCGCAACCCCGGCUCCGGCAGGGACCGCGGGUCUCGUCGCCACCGUUGGCCCCGCCACGGAGGGCCUCUCGGGCAGCGCGCUCUUGGGCCUCUCCGACAUGAACCUCUUGCUCGAGGAGGAGGCGCGGGCCCUGCGGCAGAAGUCCGCCGCGCUGGCGGAGGCCCUCCCCAGCGCCGACGGCGGACGCCUCGCCACCGCCGCCGAGGCGAGGCUUGCGGCCACGCUGGCGCACUGCGCCUCGGUCUGCAGUCAGUUGGCAGCCGCCAUGGACUACAUCGAGAGCAUGCUUCGGAGUCAGCUCGUCGCUGCCAUCGGCAAGGAGGUGACGCCAGCUACCUUCGCGGAUUACAUGAGGUUCCACUGCCGUCGGCUCUUCGCUGCACCGUACGCCCCAUCGCCGUUUUGCUUCGCGGUGCGCCGCUCCGAGGGUCACUCGCCCGAGGGCACCGUGAGCAUCGAGCAGGAGCCUCGCGACCCAGGCGCUGAGUCCAGCAUUGCCGAGCCCAUCGUGACCAUGGUCGCGCGGAGCGAGAGGUCCCACCCGAUGCAGUUCCCCCUCAGCGCCUCCGCCAACGUGACCUUCAAGGGGGACCGCUACCUGCAUGCCUGGCUCAGCCACCAGUUCACUGGGCACGCCAACCCCAAGCUCGCACUGGUCUCCAAGGCACGCCAAUUCAGUUCGAUGAUCGUUAUGGUGGGCCGCAUUGUCUCGGCAAGCGUCUUCGAGCCGAAAUGCGCGGCCAUUGUUCAGAACAAGGACGAGCUCAGUAUACCCCUAGAACUGUCCACGAUCCCGACGCCCAAGGAGUUCAGGGACGCUAUCGAGUCGUUGUCGCCAGAGCAGCAGCGCUUCGCCAAGGCUUUCCGCGCCAUGCAGCUGGAAAGCACGCUCUUCGGCGUCCUCGUGAUUCAGAUCAAGCCGCAGCUCGAGAAGGUGCUGAACCUUCCGGAGGACAGCCUCGCGAAGGAGAUAAAGCUAACGCAGGACUUGAUGCAGCUCUUCAUCAAGUAUCGCCACUCGAGCUCGUGCCUCGAGGCGCGGCUGGCGGAUCAGAUUCCCAGCGACCUGCUCUCCUUCGACGCCUCGACCUUCGCGCGGGCCCAGGCCCCCGGCGACGCCUCGACCUCCGCGCCGGCCUGGGUCGCCGAGGCGGCCCGCGGCGAGCUGGUGGGCGGCGCCACGGCCUCGGAGCGCCUGUCGGCGGUCCGGGAGAACGUCAAGGCCAUGAUGGCAGUCAUCGAGGACGAGAAGAAGGAGGAGCUCCAGGAGAGGACCCUGGAGGCGCGCUUCGAGGCUCCAAUUUUGGACCGCGGCGUGAUGAUGGCAGAAAGGAUAUGCGCGGUACCGUGCAGUGCUCCUAUGCCACCCACGGCGGCUGCGGCGGCGGCUCCAGUGCCCGCCACGGCACAGGCGGCCCCGGGAGCGGGGUCGGCGCGACCACCCCCAGCGCAGCCGUCGCAGUGGCAGCGGCCCGCUGGCGACGGAGCUGGGGAUCGGGUCAGCGAGGACGCCGCCAGGGAUUACACCCGCGUGCCCAGGGAGAUGGACCAGCAGUUUGAGGCCCUGGACACAGACAGCGCCCUGCGGCCCACCAUCAUCACCCCUGGCGACCUCUGGCGCAAGAGGUCGCAGAGGGCCCUCCUGGCCAAGCCCAGCGACGCCACCCUGGACGGCGACGAGCAGAAGCGGGAGCGUGUCGCAGCCUUCGACCUCCUCGACGCCCUGACGAAGUCCGGCGCCCUGCCCGUGGAGGCCGCGAGCCUCCACGUUCUGGUGGCUGCCACGCACUGCUUCGACAAGAGCGUCACGGACACCGUCGUCCAGGACAACGUGUCGCCCAUUGAGAAGGUGGAGCGCUCUUCCUUGAUCAUGGCGGCCACGGUGCACCAGGUGCCAGUGGCGGCCCUGCUGGAGGGCUCGCAGCUCUCGCGGGUGCGCAGCAGCUGCCCAGCGCUCUUCGUGGAAGACGGCGAGGCGAACGCAGUGGCCUGA